AGUGAUCUUUUAAAAUCAUUUCACACGCAAAAACAUAAAACUAAGCAUGUCUCAAGAUCAGAGCCAAAAUUUGCAGAAUCUUCCCAUCCAGGUUACUGAUACCUUGGUCUUUGACGACUUUUCUUCUAUGAAGGAAAGGUUCGCUGCUCACAUGAAGGAAAUUGACGAAGAAAUGACCAGGCUUAGCAAAAGUCUUGAAGGUCAAUCAGCUAAAACCCAAUCCGGGACAACCACUUCUAAGGAGCCACUUAUCCUGGAUUUUCUUUCCAACUCACGGUUAAUUGAAAGUGAAGGGAAAAACAGAAAAUUGAAGCUACAGUUCGAUGUCAGCCAAUUUGAUGCAUCUGAGAUAACUGUAACCAUACAAGACAACAAGCUUACAGUAUCGGCGACUCACGAGGGCAUCACUGACAGCUCCACCACAGUGAGGCAGUACCAGAGGGAGUUCCACUUCCCACAAGGAAUCGACCCAAAGACCAUCGUGUCCUCAUUGUCGAUUACUAAAACACCGUCCGUGUUUUAG